UCAUUUGGCACUCAUGAUAAAAGGCCCUCACUCCCACAUACAAACAGAGGCAGAACACUCCCAAAUCCCAAGUCUUCCAAGGAGCAGCAGCAACCCAAGCAAGCAGCAGCCCAUACUCCUCAUCACCUCAUCCUCCUACGCAGUGCGCGCCGCUAGCUGCUAGCCAUGGCUAAAGAGCUCCAAGAAACCUCCUCCUCCUCUGCCACCACCACCUCGUCGUGUACCACCUCCUGCUGCUCGUCCACCGUGACGGACUCGUCUUCCUCGCCCCCGUCGCCUGCGGCGGCCAAUGCCGCGCCCGCGCCACGGAAGCGGCAGGCGGCGGAGGCGGAGGCGGAGGCCGAGGUGGGUGGGGAGGAGGAGGAGGAAGAGUUCGCGGGUAAGACGGCGGCGGCGGCCAAGAAGAGGAAGCGGAGCAGCGAGGGGAAGCACCCGACGUACCGCGGCGUGCGGAUGCGGGCGUGGGGCAAGUGGGUAUCGGAGAUCCGCGAGCCCCGCAAGAAGUCGCGCAUCUGGCUCGGCACGUUCCCCACCGCCGAGAUGGCCGCGCGCGCCCACGACGUCGCCGCGCUCGCCAUCAAGGGCCGCGCCGCGCACCUCAACUUCCCGGACCUGGCCGGAGUGCUCCCGCGCGCCGCGUCCGCGGCGCCCAAGGACGUCCAGGCCGCGGCCGCAUUGGCCGCCGCGUUCGAGUCGACGUCGUCGGAGCCCGGGGCCGGGGUGACGGAGCCGUGCCACGCCCAAGAAGAGCCCGCAACCAAGAACGUCGCCGCCGCGCCCGAGGAGGCCGCCGCCGAGGCACCGGUACCACCGCCGGUCUCCCAACCGGCGACGCCGUCGAGCAGCGUAGAGGAGGAGCGCCAGCUGUUCGACCUGCCGGACCUGCUCCUGGACAUCCGGGACGGGUUCGGGUGCUUCCCGCCGAUGUGGGCGCCGCUCGCCGAUGUGGAGGAGGUCAAUGCGGAGCUGCGCCUCGAGGAGCCGCUGCUUUGGGAGUAGCAGUCAGAGAUGCUUGCGUUGCAAAGACUAAACAACCGUAGUACUAGCCUAUCUCUUCUUCUUCCUCUCUCUCUUUUUAGUUUACUCUGAAGAAAAGCAGCUACUUUUCCUCUUCUUCUUUCUACUGGGUUAAUAAGUAUAAACAUAUAUAAACGAGAGAUAUAAGCCAUGUACUUAUAAGAGUAAGUACCUACUACCAGUCAAUUAUCACUGCAUGUACUGAUGCUACUUCUAAUGUGUGAAUUGCAGCAGCAGCAGCAGUUGACCAUGCUAGAUUUUAGUUGCUCUGCGCUUCCUCUGCCCCAUGUGUACUGUACCAAAUUCCCCAGCGAGAAAGUGUAUCUAAUGAGCCUCACUGCUGACCUUGAAA